AGCGCUUAGCCUACCACGAAAUAGCAUGUAGGAAAGAGUACGUCUCGACCACGGCUGCUUGAACAAGGCUAAAACAGAUUGCAGACAAGUGCGAGCGAAACGCAUGUGGACCAGCAAGUUAGCUGGGAUAAAUAGCAAAGCCUGAGCGAACCUGAAGACUGUCCCGUCAGGAUUUAAGGCGCUUGAGGAAAUAGCAAUCCGGCAGGAUGAAAUUUGGAGAGCAUAUUUCCGCUCACAUUACCCCGGAGUGGAGAAAACAAUACAUCCAAUAUGAGGCCUUCAAAGAGAUGCUGUAUGCGGCGCAGGAUCAGGCUCCCUCCAUAGAAGUCACAGAUGAAGACACAGUCAAGAGGUACUACGCCAAGUUUGAGGAGAAGUUCUUCCAGAACUGUGAGAAGGAGCUCUCCAAAAUCAACACAUUCUAUUCAGAGAAGCUGGCCGAGGCCCAGAGGCGCUUCGCCACGCUGCAGAAUGAGCUGCAGUCGUCUCUGGACGCGCAGCGUGAGAGCAACGCCCCGGCCGGCCUGCGCCGCCGCCACAAGGUCGUCUUCCAGCUGUCGCACGAGGAGCGCAACCACCACCGCAACCUCAAGGACCUCAAGCUGGCCUUCAGCGAGUUCUACCUGAGCCUCAUCCUCCUGCAGAACUACCAGAACCUGAACUUCACAGGGUUCCGUAAGAUCCUGAAGAAGCAUGAUAAGAUCCUGGAGACGACGCGCGGGGCCGACUGGCGUGUGGGGCAGGUGGAGGUGGCGCCAUUCUACACCUGCAAGAAGAUCACGCAGCUCAUCACCGAGACCGAGGCUCUGGUUACUACAGAGCUGGAGGGAGGGGAUCGUCAGAGGGCCAUGAAAAGACUGCGUGUCCCUCCCCUGGGGGCAGCACAGCCUGCGCUGGCCUGGACCACGUUCCGUGUCGGACUCUACUGCGGAGUGUUCAUCGUCCUCGCCGUGGCCUUCCUGCUCACGGGUGUGGUGUUCCUAGGCGGCACGAAAAAGAACAUCUGGCCGCUGGUGCGCAUGUACCGCGGCGGCUUCCUGCUCAUCGAGUUCCUCUUCCUGCUGGGCAUCAACACCUACGGCUGGAGGCAGGCCGGCGUCAACCACGUGCUCAUCUUCGAGCUCAACCCCCGCAACAACCUCUCGCAUCAGCACCUGUUCGAGAUCGCUGGUUUCCUGGGUGUGCUGUGGUGCAUCAGCAUCCUGUCCUGCCUGUACGCGGACUACACCUGGCUGCCCACGCAGGCCAACCCCCUCAUCCUGUACGGCUUCAUGCUGCUCUUCCUCAUCAACCCCUUCAAGACCGGCUACUACAAGUCCCGCGUCUGGCUGCUCAAGCUGCUGUUCCGCGUGUUCACGGCGCCGUUCCACCGCGUGGAGUUUGCGGACUUCUGGCUGGCGGACCAGCUGAACUCGCUGGUGAUCCUGCUCAUGGACCUGGAGUACCUGGUCUGCUUCUACAGCAUGGAGCUCGUCUGGACCGACCGCAGCGGCCUGCUGCCCACCACCGCUGACAGUGUGUGCCACAGGUACUCGUACGGCCUGCGCGCCAUCAUCCAGUGUCUGCCCGCCUGGUGCCGCUUCGUGCAGUGCCUGCGCCGUUACCGUGACACCAAGCGAGCCUUCCCUCACCUGGUCAACGCCGGCAAAUACUCCACCACCUUCUUCGUCGUCACGUUUGCAGCCCUCUACAAGACCCACAAAGAGCAGGGCCAUGACGACGCGGACGUCUUCUUCUACCUGCUCAUCGUCUUCUCCAGCGUCAGCUCCCUCUACACGCUGAUCUGGGACCUGAAGAUGGACUGGGGCCUGUUCGACCGCGGCGCCGGGGAGAACACCUUCCUGCGCGAGGAGAUCGUCUACCCACACAAGGCCUACUACUACUGUGCCAUCAUUGAGGAUGUGUUGCUGCGCUUUGCCUGGACGCUGCAGCUGUCUCUGUCCACCAUGACGACGGCCCACUCCAUCUCCGACAUCCUGGCCACCCUGCUGGCCCCUCUGGAGGUCUUCAGGCGCUUCGUGUGGAACUUCUUCCGUCUGGAGAACGAGCACCUGAACAACUGCGGUGAGUUCCGCGCGGUGCGGGACAUCUCGGUGGCGCCGCUCAACGCUGACGACCAGACGCUGCUGGAGCAGAUGAUGGACCAGGAGGACGGCGUCAAGAACCGGCAGGGCAAGAAGACCUGGAAGAGGAGCUACAGCCUGUCCCUGCGCCGACCCCUGCUCUCCUCCCAAUCCAAGAAGGACACCAAGGUGCUGAUCGAGGACACGGACGACGAGGCCUUCAGCUGAGCGAUGGUCGCCGCGGUAGCUGGCGCUGUCGGCGCGUCCGUGUGGGGAAAUACUCAUCCUCUCUCUCCUGUACCCCUGACCCGCCCAUCACAGAGCUGCCUCAUCACACACCACCUCCUCCUGGACUCAUAAACACACACACACACACACACACACACACACACACCCA